CGUGCAGCUGAUCCAGCGGGGCUUUCCGGAGGCGAGACCAGCGCCUCUCCUGCUUUCUGCCCGGAGAAUCCCAGAGGCUCCUGCCGCUCGGCUCCGAAACGGUUAAGAGCAGCGGCGACAGAGCUGAGAUUCCUAGAGCGGAAGAAAAAAAAGGCUGUCGGGAGAAUAGCAGCUUCCGCUUCCUGUCCCGCUUUUGGCGGGGUGGCAGAUGCCGGUCAUGGCGGCGGCUUUCCUUCCUCGCGGAGGCGCUGGAGGAGUUGUUGAAGGGAUGCUGGCAGAAGGGGAACAAUCAGAAAUGUCACCAAAAGGAUCCAAAGAACAAAGGAAUCUGAGGGUUCAAGAUGGAGGUAGCAGGCGAGAGGGGAGACAAAAGCAGAAGCCGGCGGGUGACUUUGGUAUGUUUCAGGGUGUUGAAAAUCAAAUUCACAGAGAGGAGAAAAAGCAUGAAUGCAGCGUGUGUGGAAAGAGUUUUGGUCGUCGCUCAACUCUUACUAGACAUCAAAGAGUACACACAGGGGAGAAACCGUAUACAUGUUUAGAGUGUGGAAAGAGCUUCAUUCACAGUACUGCCCUUAUCUUGCAUCGAAGAACUCAUACAGGAGAGAAACCAUAUAUAUGUUCCGAGUGUGGAAAGAGCUUCAGUGAACGUGGCCAUCUUACUAGGCAUCAAAGAACUCAUACAGGGGAGAAACCAUAUAUAUGUUCCGAGUGUGGAAAGAGCUUCAGUGAACGUGGCAAGCUUACUAGGCAUCGAAGAACUCAUACAGGGGAGAAACCGUAUAAAUGUUUAGAGUGUGGAAGGAGCUUCCGUCGAUGUGACCAGCUUACCUCGCAUCAAAGAACUCAUACAGGAGAGAAACCAUAUACGUGUUCAGAGUGUGGAAAGAGCUUCAGUCAAUGUGGCCAGCUUACCUUGCAUCAAAGAUCUCAUACAGGGGAGAAACCGUAUACAUGUUUAGAGUGUGGAAGGAGCUUCCGUCGUUGUGACCAGCUUACCUCGCAUCAAAGAACUCAUACAGGAGAGAAACCGUAUACAUGUUCAGAGUGUGGAAAGAGCUUCAGUCAGAUUAGCAACCUUAAGUUGCAUCGAAGAACUCAUACAGGGGAGAAACCGUAUAAAUGCUUGGAGUGUGGAAAGAGCUACAGUCACUGUGGUGCCCUUACCUUGCAUCAAAGAUUUCAUACAGGGGAAAAACCAUAUACAUGUUCAGAGUGUGGAAGGAGCUUCAGUCAGAGUAGCGCACUUAAGUCGCAUCAAAGAACUCAUACAGGGGAGAAACCGCAUACGUGUUCAGAGUGUGGAAAGAGUUUCAGUCACAUUGGUGCCCUUACCUUGCAUCAAAGAUUUCAUACAGGGGAAAAACCGUAUACAUGUUCAGAGUGUGGAAGGAGCUUCAGUCAGAGUAGCGCACUUAAGUCGCAUCAAAGAUCUCAUACAGGGGAGAAACCGUAUACAUGUUUGGAGUGUGGAAGGAGCUUCAGUAAGAGUAGCACCCUUAAGUCGCAUCAAAGAACUCAUACAGGGGAGAAACCGCAUAUGUGUUUGGAGUGUGGAAGGAGCUUCAGUCGCAGUAGCUCCCUUAAGUCGCAUCAAAGAACUCAUACAGGAGAGAAACCGUAUACAUGUUCAGAGUGUGGAAAGAGCUUCAGUCACCAUAGCGCCUUUAAGCCGCAUCAAAGAACUCAUACAGGAGAGAAACCGUAUACAUGUUCGGAGUGUGGAAGGAGCUUCAGUCACCAUAGCGCCUUUAAGUUGCACCAAAGAACUCAUACAGGAGAGAAACCGUAUACAUGUUUGGAGUGUGGAAAAAGCUUUAGUCGUAGUAGCUCCCUUAAUCACUCAACUCUUACUUUACAUCAAAGAACUCAUACAGGGGAGAAACCGUAUACAUGUUUAGAGUGUGGAAAGAGCUUCAGUAAACGUGGUAACCUUACCUUGCAUCAAAGAACUCAUACAGGGGAGAAACCGUAUACUUGUUCAGAGUGUGGAAAGAGCUUCAGUGUCAGUGGUAGCCUUACCUCGCAUCAAAGAACUCAUACAGGGGAGAAACCGUAUACUUGUUCAGAGUGUGGAAAGAGCUUCAGUGUCAGUGGUAGCCUUACCUCGCAUCAAAGAACUCAUACACGGGAGAAACCAUAUACAUGUUCCGAGUGUGGAAAGAGCUUCAGUCAGAGUAGCUACCUUAAGUUGCAUCAAAGAACUCAUACAGGGGAGAAACUGUAUACAUGUUUAGAGUGUGGAAAGAGCUUUAUUUGGAGGAGCAGCCUUAUGUUGCAUCAACAAACUCAUACAGGGGAGAAACCAUAUACAUGUUCCGAGUGUGGAAAGAGCUUCAGUGUCAGUGGUAGCCUUACCUCGCAUCAAAGAACUCAUACAGGGGAGAAACCGUAUACUUGUUCAGAGUGUGGAAAGAACUUCAGUCACAGUACUGCCCUUACCUCGCAUCAAAGAACUCAUACAGGGGAGAAACCGUAUAUAUGUUCCGAGUGUGGAAAGAGCUUCAGUCAAUAUGGCCAGCUUACCUCGCAUCAAAGAUCUCAUACAGGGGAGAAACCAUAUAAAUGCUUGGAGUGUGGAAAGAGCUUCAGUCACAGUAGUGCCUUUAUCUUGCAUCGAAGAACUCAUACAGGAGAGAAACCGUAUAAAUGUUCAGAGUGUGGAAAGAGCUUCAGUCACUGUGGCCAGCUUACUAGGCAUCAAAGAUCUCAUACAGGAGAGAAACCGUAUACAUGUUCAGAGUGUGGAAAGAGUUUCAGUAGGAAUGGUGCCCUUACCUCGCAUCAACGAACUCAUACAGGGGAGAAACCGUAUACAUGUGCAGAGUGUGGAAGGAGCUUCAGUCAGAGUGGUGCUCUAACUAGCCAUCAAAGAACUCAUACAGGGGAGAAACCGUACACAUGUUCAGAGUGUGGAAGGAGCUUCAGUCAGAGUAGCGCACUUAAGUUGCAUCAAAGAACUCAUACAGGGGAGAAACCGUACACAUGUUCAGAGUGUGGAAGGAGCUUCAGUCAGAGUAGCUCCCUUAAGUCGCAUCAAAGAACUCAUACAGGGAGAAAAUCUUAGAAAUGUUUGGUGUAUGGAAAGAACAUCAGUGACAGGGACUCCCUUCCUAAACAAUAAAGAACUCGUACAAGGGAAACAUCUUAGAAA